AUGACGAAUGCUCCCGCCCCGAAGAAUAGGGUUAAAAAGGAUGGAGAAUCCGACGUCGGGGAUGAAAUAUCAACGCCGCCACCUCCCGAUGGCGGAUGGGGUUGGGUCGUCGUUUUUGCAUCCUUCAUGAUACACAUUGUCACCGAUGGAGUUACUUAUUCAUUUGGAGUUUUAUACGUAGAAUUUUUAAAUUAUUUUCAAGAAGGAAAGGGAGCAACAGCGUGGAUAGCCUCGAUUUUGGUUGGAGUUACAUUAUGCUCAGGUCCAAUUUCAAGUUCCUUUGUAAAUAAAUAUGGAUGUAGAGCCGUUACAAUUGCGGGAGCCAUUUUAGGUUUUAUUUGUUUGGCCGUUAGCAUAUUUGCGACAAACGUUACAACUCUUUAUUUUACAAUAGGAAUCGGAGCAGGUUUGGGAUUCGGUUUAGUUUACCUACCCGCCAUUGUGAGCGUAACGUGUUAUUUUGAAAAAUAUAGAUCACUCGCAACCGGAAUCGCAGUUUGCGGUUCAGGUUUAGGAACUUUUAUAUUUGCACCCCUCACGGAAUUUUUCGUCGACGAAUACGGUUGGCGGGGAGCUCUCCUAUUGAUAUCGAGUUUAGUUUUACAAUGCACGACGUUCGGAGCUUUGUUUCGACCCGUCGAACAAUAUCAAAACCGUAAAGUUAAAAAACCAUCAUCACACGUCAACGAAACGAAUCAACGUUUGUUAAAUAAAGAUGGUAGCGCUCACGAUGUGGACGGUGUGUCGGAUGUUGAAAAACGUAACGGAAGUAGUAGUAAUAAUCAUGCGGAAAGACCCGUGAGCAUGGGUAAUUUUUCACUUUCCAAACAAAAUUCCCUGAAACCCAUGACGAAAAACAACGAUGAAAGAACCAUGAGCGAAUCGAAUAAUUUGGCAAGAAGUCAUCCGGCAUUGGUGAACACGGCCACGACAUCUCAAAGCUCCGAUUCGAAACAAAUGUAUGGUAGUAGUCAUUCGGGUGUCAUGGAUCGUAAAGAUGUCUUUUACAGCGGAUCCGUCCACAGUUUACAUCAAUUGCAAAUGAGCCGUUCGAACACAAGGAUUCCGCAUUAUGAUAAACCGGAAGAAAAACAAUUUAUUUCUCACGUUCAAUCGAAACGUGAAGGAAAACACGAUGAUAAUAAUAAUAAUAAUAAUUGUUGUAAUUUAUUAUGUUCGAAAAAAUUUCCAAAAACGUUGGCGAGAAUGUUGGAUUUUUCACUAUUGAAAAGUCCCAUUUUCAUACUUUUCACCGUAUCUAAUUUUUUCACUAGCAUAGGAUUUAACAUACCAUACGUUUACAUUGUGGCUCAAGCGCAAGAAAGAGGAAUAUCCAAAGAAAACGCGAGUUAUUUAUUAGCUGUCAUAGGUAUAGCUAACACAAUCGGCAGGGUAGUUUUAGGGUAUAUAUCAGAUAAAACGUGGAUAAAUCGUUUAAUGGUUUACAAUAUAUGUUUAGCUAUUUGCGGUAUAGCGACCGGACUCAGUGCCUUGUGUUACGAUUUUUAUUCGUUUGCCGUUUAUGGUUCCGUUUACGGAUUUACAAUCGGAGCUUACGUCGGUCUCACUUCCGUUAUUUUAGUCGAUUUGUUGGGUUUGGAUCAUUUGACAAACGCUUUCGGUCUUUUAUUAUUAUUUCAAGGGAUAGCAUCCCUGAUAGGACCACCCAUAGCCGGUUGGCUUUACGAUGCAUUUCAAACAUUCGAUCCAGGUUUCAUAGUCGCCGGCAUAACGAUAGCCGUGAGUGGCAUUAUGUUGUUUGUUAUAAAUCCGUUGAAGAGAUAUUUGGAAAGGAAAAAAGACGUUAGCAUACCGUUAAGUUGA